GCGCCUCCCGAGCGGAGCCGCCCCCGCCUCUGCCCCCUAGCUCGGCCCCUAGAAAAGGAGCGCGCCGGGGCUGCGGGAGUCCCACGCGGCGGCCUCGGCGAGCCACAGCCUCCCAGCUGCCUGCGCCCCGGUUAGGGCGAGACCGGGCCGGCCGAGCGAGGCCCGAGCGCCGUGGCGCCUUCUGCCCGCUCCGGGGCGGCUGGUGCCGAGCACCCGCGGCCGCCGCCUGCGCCUCCGGGCGGGCGCAGCGCACGGCCAGCACCGCGCCGGGACGCGCGCCCCGGACACCGACGAGAGCUCCCCGGUUCCCGCGUACUCCCUCCCCGGCCGCCAGCGAUGGGGUCUGCCGCGAGGCGGCGGCUCUCCCUACCCCUGAGCUGCGUGCUGCUCCUCGGGCUGGCAGGCGCGGACCUUGAAUUGCAGAAGGGAGUGCUGGCCGGCGUCAGCCCCGGGAUGGCAGAGGACGUGGACCUCCAGUGCUGGACCGCGUGCUCGCUGACGCUGAUCGAUCUCAAGGAACUCAAGAUAGAGCGCAGCGUGGGUGCUUUCUGGAAUUUCAUGUUGUUCCUGCAGAAAUCCCCGCGGCCCGGACAUUACAGUGUCUUCCUAAACAUAGCUCAGGACUUCUGGGACAUGUACAUAGACUGCCUGCUUUCCAGGUCCCAUGGGAUGGGCAGAAGGCAGGCGACACCUCCCAAGUAUAAUUUUCCAGAGAAAGCAACAGGAGGUAAUUUAAAUGUGUACUUAAGAGGGUAGUUUCAUUCACAAUUCAAUAUUUAAUCCUUUGGAUUUUUCCAAGUUUAUUCAACAUGACAGCAACUUUCCCUGCGUGAUAGGCUUUUUAUUUUUACUGGUUUUAUAUAAUUUGGAAACCAUGGAAACACUGAUAUAUAAACACUUGAUUCUAAAUGGUCUUGGAAUAUAACACAUUUUGGUAAUCGCAAAAGUUAAUGUAUUGUUUUCCCAAGAAUAGUUAGUUGGAAAAUACUUUAACCCUGUAGUUAUUCACAGUUGUUGAAGAAUGUUUAAACAUCAUGUACUUAGGCUUUUGAAAUGAUUUUUUGAUAGAGUGGUAGAAAAGGGUGGAAUCUUGAGUCGUAGUAGAGUAAAUAUGAACGACUUCUCUCUAAUCUACAGGACUGAGUUUUAUAAAACACGAGGUUUUUAAAAAAGUUUAAGAGGAAAAACACAGAGGAUACCUCAGGCAAGAGGCUUAACCAUCAGUGUUUAUGAGGUCAGAUACCUCCUGCAGCAGUUACCAGAAUAGAUUGUUAUUUGUAGUUCUUUAUUAUUGGUCAAAGUUGUAUUUUUGUUGAUGUGUAAUUGCUUUACUAUUACUAUUCCACCUUUUCAGGUUAUUUGUUAACAAUUUUUAUUUACUUUGCAGAGUGUCUUUGUUUUAAAGAGAACACCACUUACAGUGAAAAUGUGAUAUAUUUUUACCACAGUAGUCAACUGAGCAACAUUGUAACUUAUUUUUAUAAGGUACCUUAUUCCCUCAAUAUUGAUCAUAGAAACUGUGCCAACUCUAAUGCCAGUAUUAUCUGAAAAAUACUGAAUCUUGAUGUAGUAUACUGUGUAGGUACUGAAACGUGCAUUUCAU